AUAUGGCUUCUAGUUGUAAUGAUCUUAUUUGUAUAUAGUUCCGUAAAUAGUUCGACUGCCAUAACUAAAUCACCAAACCUAAGAAAAUAAUUAUUAGUGUGUUACGUAGAGUUUUGGGGUAGUGUUCAUCUUGCAUUUGCUUAUUUUUGCAUCACUUGUGCUUAAAGCCUUAAACCAAAGAAGACUUCUACUUUGGCUUUGCUUUUGUUUAAUUAGUCCAACAUUUUAAGAAUUAAGAUACUAAGACUCGCUGAAGGUCAUUAAAAUUUAGAUUGAAAAACUAUUAAUUUGGUACGUAAAUUUUUUUUUUUUUUUUUUUGAUAAUCUAGGUAUCCGGAUCUCUCACUUAGUCCGACUAUCCCACCGCGUCCAAUCGGAACUGGCUAGAAAGGUCCUGGAUGCCAAACGGAAACCAUGUUAAAUCCGCUGUGACCAGGGCUCAAACUCGUGAUGGCGGGCACCUCAACCGAGGUUCCUUUUCCACCAGACUACGAGGCUCGGUUAUUUGGUACGUAAAUUUAAAAAUAUUCAACGACUUUACGAAGUUUUGGAAAUCAUGCAUUCAAAAAAGUUAGUUCUUCCCUCACGUUUUCGGCAUUUCUGGUAUCUCAGUUUGCUAGUAGGUAGUAGUUACUAGGUACACUAGCAUAUAGCAAUGCUCAAAGUCAAAGUAACUAGAUAGAAACCAAACUCCAAAGUUAGAAUCCAGAAGAAAAACGUGUUUGAUCGGACUACAUGUUGCUAAACAAAAGACUAUGGAACAUUGACUAAAACAAUAGUCACAAAAGCAGACAGACAUAACUAUAUAAGUACACUCCAUUAGUCAUUUGUUCUCACAGUAGAUUAGGUAUUUAAGAAAGAAGAAGAAAAGGGUACUAAAUGAUUUUAUUUUAAAGACUUCGAGUUCUUUGAUCAAAAAAAAAAAAUUCUCGAGUUCUUCCCCCUUAGAGCAUGAUUAAUGCAUGUCUCUUAGAGUGAAGUUUUUUUAACGAGAUAUAAAAGAUGUCUUUUAGAUUUUUUAGUUAAAAGAUAUAAAAAACGUUUUUUAAUUUUUUUUUGUUAAAAGUUAAGAAACUGUAUUUUAUAUUAUGCAAAGAACUUCACUCUAAAAAACAUGCAUUAAUCAUGCUCUAAGAAGUUGCCUAAAUAGACCUCAUGGUCCCAUUCAAACAAGAAAGAAUUACACUCAAAGGCAGUUUUAAGCUAUUUAUAACACAAUAAGACAGUUUAUACUACAGACACAUUUUUCUCUAACUUCAUCACAUAUCGUUGGGUUUUCCAAGUUAAAACAGAACUAUAUUGUAAAUAGGACCAACUUUCAUCUCUCUCUCUUAUCUUCUUGACCCACUUUCAGCUAUCUUUUAUCUUCUUCUUUUUUUCUCUCGAACUUUUUCAUCUUCUUCAUUUUAAAAUCUUUGACUUCUAAUCUUUUUAUUUUAAAAGAUUAUCUUUGCAAAAUUCAGAUUGAGCCACAAAUUUAGCUCAUAGUGACUGAUUUACCAUCACAAACCAUAGAUAUCAUGAUUGAUGUAAGUCAACAAGUUUUCCACCAUAAUUCACAAGUACGACGAGCUCUACUACCAUCUCCUUUCUUCUACACAGAUCUUUUUUUUGUAGUAUCUCAAAUCCGAUGGAAAGCCUCAACCUUGUGCCCUCAGACUAUCUUCCACGGUGUCCCAAAAGGUGUUUGUGGUGAUCUCAGUCUGUCUUUGUGCCUCCGGUGGACCGUAAAGGGAAGCCGCCACCGCAUCUGAGAUUAUUUCGCCAUUGUUGGACCUUGAAAUUAAUUUUCUUUAAUUUUCAUAUGUGAUCUUUGUAAUUUUAAAUAUUUCCACUGUUGCCCUAAAACUUUCAGAUUUGCAAAUAAGUCAUCUUCAGUUAAACUAAAACUUUUAAAUUUGCAUUUUAGACCCUUUCGAAUGAAAUGAAGAAAUUUUUUUACCAAAAACCUAUAAAUACAUCUUUUUAGCAACUAUUCUCAAAAUCAUUAGAAUUAUUAAAUAUCAUAAUAUGAAAAAUGUACAAAUGAUUAUGUGUACAUGUAUCAUUUCAUAUAAUAUUGUACAUAUGGACAGUAGAAUAUAUGUGUACACGUUGAUGAUAUUUAACACACUAAGUACCUUUCAAGUAUCAUUCAAAAUUUGAUUUUUUUUUUUGUUUUUGGGUUUUUAACCAGACAAUGUGAUUUGCAGUUUUAGUGAAAAAACACGAUAUCUAAUUGUGAUCUAACCAUAUAAUUUUAUUGUAAUUAUGAUAUUUUAUGCAAUUGUGGUGCAAUUUGUUUAUAUCUAAAGAACAUAUGCAGUGUACACAUGUACACUUUGAUGUUGAUGUAUAUAUGUACAUCUAUGAAAUAGAUGUACAAGUACAAUAUGAGCAUUUAGAUGUUACUAUUGCAUCUUAUUAGUUAAUUUUGAUUAUUUAAGUAGUAUUUAAUUGUUAAUAUUGUAUUUGUAUACAUAAUUGCAUAAUCAGGGUUUGGAAUGCAUACAUGUGUAAAUUUGUACAUGUUAACAUGUGUACACGUGUACAUGUUUAUAUGUGUUUAUGUGUCCAUCAUCACUUGUGUGUAUAUUAUAUAUCAUUAAAGCAAUGUACCGUACAAUCAUGCUUCUCCACUAAAACCGCAAAUCACAUUGUCUGGUUAAAAUCCCAAAAUCACAUUUUGAAUGAUACUUUAAAACUAUUCAGUGUGUUAAAUAUCUUCAACGUGUACACAUAUAUUUUACUGUCCACGUGUAUCAUAUUAUACGAAAUGAUUCAUAUACACCGAUUCAUUUGUACAAAUGGUUGUUCCCACGUUGUCCAUAUGAACACUGAACAUGUAAAUGUACAUAUUUACUUAUAUUACACAACAUGGACAUGUUCAAACUUACCAAUAUCAGAACACAACUGAAUGCAAUAUAUCUGAUAAAAUAUUGUACAUACUUGUAAAUUUCUUUUAUAAGUAAAUGUUAAACACGCAAACACUUUUAUAUGUGUUUACAAAUUAUUAAUAUAAUAGUGUACAUACACAUUAUUAUCCAUGUGUACGACCCAUGAAUGUGUACAUAUUUUGUUUAUUUUCAAAAUUUUUAAUUAGUGGCAUUUUAGUAAAUAUGUCUUCGUCUUCCUCAAAAUUUUAGGGUUUUCUCCAAAAAAUUUACGGCCGCCAUUGAUUUCUUUCACAUAAUCUUUCAUUCUUUUACGUUUAAUUAUAUGUUACACUUCAAGAUCGUAGUUUUAUCAUCUAUAAAAUAUUUUUCACAUUCAGAUUUCAAAAAUAGUGAGUUUUUUGUCAAAGAAGAUGAGUUAAAGAGCACAAGUGGAGAUGAACUGAACACAAGGGCUUUGGCGGUAUAUAUUAUUACGGGUCUGGAGUGUUUGAGAUCUUCCUGUCUUCUUUUUCUUGUUUGGGAAGAUUAAGAGAUAAUAAAAUUUAUUUUUGGCUAGAAAAAAAAACAACAACAAAAGAAGAAGAAGAAAGAGAAACGUAUGGGUCCCUCUAGUUGGAAAAACCAAUGUUUCGUUCUGUUUUAGUUGAGAUAAACUACCUUAGUAGUUGAAACUGUCUCUGAGUGUAAUAAAAACUCAGAAACUGUCUUUAAAUGUAAAUCACUCUUCAAACAAUAACCUACUUUCUCUAUUUGGAUAUAUCUGUUAAAUUUAGUGGGACCCAUUUCAUUACAAAAAUCCCUAUAACUCUCACUUUCACUGGCCCACCUUUUGAUUUUCUUAUUGUCUUUUUUUUCUUCUUGUCUUUGCAGUUAAAAAACAAAAAUGGGAAACCAGUGUCUAUAUAUAAACAGAAUUACUCGAUCGAAAACAGCCACUCUCCAUCUUCAAUAAAUAAUAUAUACAUAUAUAUAUAUAGAAAUCAAUUAUGGCGAAUCUCUCUUCUGAUUUUCAGACAUUCGAUCCCAUAACUCAACUUGCAGAACUCAACAACACUCUUAACCCCUUUCAGACAAUGUUCGCUUCUCCUUUCUCUUCUUCUCUCGACUCUCUUUUCUUUCAUCACCAACAACACCAACAAUUUCCGGAACAUUUCCCCGGAAAAUCCCCCGAAAACAAUGGUUUUCAUCAAGGGAUUUUACUCCCUAAUUAUAAUACUCACAACAACGACGAUUCUUCUUCAGGAAUCGAUACCAAGAAGAGAAAAACAUUAAUGGAGUCCGUAUCUACGUCGGAGAACAGUGUCUCUGAUCAAACUUUAUCUACCUCUUCUGCUCAAGUUUCGACUAAUGGAACCAAAAAUAGUUCUUUAAGGAGAGGGAAAAUGUCAAAGAACAGAGAAGAAGAGAAAGAGAGAGUAGUUGUUCAUGUUAGAGCCAAAAGGGGUCAAGCCACUGAUAGCCACAGCUUAGCAGAGCGGGUAAAAAUUGAUAAUCUAAUCAAGUAUAUUUAUGAAUUCAAUAUGUUGUUAAUGUUAAAUUGUAUGAUUAAUGAAAAAUAUGAAUACAAAGAUUUUCAUGUUGAAUUUCAGGUUAGACGAGGGAAAAUAAACGAGAGAUUGAAAUGCCUGAAAGAUAUAGUGCCCGGAUGUUAUAAGGCAAUGGGAAUGGCUACGAUGCUGGACGAGAUAAUUAAUUAUGUCCAGUCGUUACAAAAUCAAGUUGAGUUUUUAUCUAUGAAGCUUACGGCAGCAAGUUCGUAUUAUGACUUUAACUCGGAGGCUGAUGCUGUUGAUUCCAUGCAGAAGGCAAAGGCACGUGAGGCAGUAGAAAUGGGGCAAGGGAGGGAUGGGAGCAGGGUCUUCCAUUCAUCAUCAUGGACCCUUUGACUUUUGUUUUUUACCUCCCUUUUCGUCGUCUUUCUAAUAUGCUCCUAUUUAAAUAAAAAUACUUAAUUGAUUUCAAUAAUUUGGAUACCAAAGGAUGAUAUGUAUACUGCGUAAUGUCGACAUUACAAAUUUAUUAAUGCCUAGAGAUUGCAAUCCCACUAUAUAAAAGCAGCUAUUUUUAGAGCUUCUAAAAAGUGUCAUGUAGGACAAGAUAUUCCCCACCAAUCAAGCUGCCAAGUCAUCUCGGAUGUUUAACUGACAGGCCCAAACCAUUACGGCAGCCCAUUUGCAAAGGUUUCUGUUUGUCUUUCCAACUCUGGGCUUAACAGCAAAAAUAUUCAUUCAAAAAAGCUCUAUAGUCUCUUGACUCUAACCUCAGCUGCUAAUAGACCUUUAACCUUCCUCCUCUCAGAAAUCACCCGUUACAAUAUGGAGUCGUUUAUCACAGCAAAUAUCCCCGUUAAUUUCUUCCCCAAUGAUAAAACCGUCAACUAUUUGGCUUCCCCUCACCAAUUCUAUAAAAGCUGGCAUAGUUGGAAAGCAUGAUCUCUAACAACAAGCUUCUGGUCAGAAAAGCUUAGGAAAUUUGCCGCCUUUCUGACGCUCAGUUCAAUCAUCCAUCAUCGGCGUUGUAAGACAUCACUGGUAUUUGACUCCGUUUCAUCUAUGUUAUCAUUGGAUUUGACUGGGUGAGAUCUGUAAAGAUGUGAUCUAUCUGAAAAUUGCAGCCUAUCAAAAAUUCACAAUUGAAUCAGCUUCAGUUGUGGGUAUAUCUAAAGUAUCUUACUUUUACUUACACCCGUGUCUAUUCCAUGUUGUAGAUUAUUUUCAAAAUACAUGCAGCGAUUAAGUUGAGUCGUAUGUCCGAAAAGGCAUUCACGAGAUCAUUCAAUAGCCUGCAAAACAUUAGUAAUAAAACGAGAUCGUUCACUUGAAUUACAAAUAUUUUCAUGAAUCUGUUUGUUUAGUUGAUUAAAAAUGUGCAUUUCAGGAUUAAGCUUAAUAUAAAAGCACUAGCAGUUCAGAGUGGCCGAGGAAGAGUAAUCAAAUCCGAGCAAAACAUGUUAUCUUUGUAAGCUGUCUUUUCUUUUUUAUGGAAUAUGUAUAUUCAUAGCAGGCUACGUGUUUGAUAAAAUGCCUCACAGAAACUCCAUAUUCUUACAUUCCAGUAGCUUAUGCUUGAAGAUUGUUUUUUAUAAAAACUAAUCAAAUUUUGUCUAACGUUAUAUAUUUGCAGGUUAUCAGUUUGACAUGUAUUUGAUUGGACAAUCUUGAAGUAUCCACAGUUUGGCUCUAGCUCCACUCUAGCUCAAAACCAAGAGUUAGUAACAUCUUUUUUUUGAGUUUACAUAAUUUAAAGCCUCUAGAGCAUAUUAUCAAAUCCUCACGAUAGUAUAUGUGUUCCAACAGUCGAGUCUUACACGUUAACCAGCUUUGUAUCCUCCAGUGCCAUCUGGUGAGAGACCAGAGAAACCUUCGGAACCUGCAAACCUGUAGCUUUGGCUAAGUUGAUGAAGAAGCAAGAGAGUAAGAAGGAAUUAAAUGAUGAAUCGCAAACUUACUGGCUGUUCCAACAGAUAAUUGUCAAGGUGAUGUGUCAAGCUCUGGUCUGGUAGAGACUAAAGAAAUGGUAUUAUAAGCAAAAAGGCGGAGUGAGGAAAGUGAUUGAUAAUUGUAUACUUGAGUCAACAAUAAAAAUUUAUAUAUUCUAUACAUUUGAUUUUGGCACAACAAAUUUCAAAAAUUUAUAAGUUUUUAAUUUUUUUUUUCGACCAAAAUAUUUGUAUAUAAUAUGAAGAUUUUGAUGACGGGGAGAAAUAAAAAUUAAAUAUUUUGUUAAACCAUUGUAACAAUCGUCAGCUUAUAAUUAUAUAAAGAAAAUAUGAUAUAGAACGCAAAAUCAUAUGUUGUUGAGUCUGAAGAAGGAUAAAAGAUUUUUUUUUUUUUUGGUAUCUAAAUUUCUUCAUAAGAUGAAGAAUAUGGAAAAUGCGUAUCAAUAGUCUUCCAGCAGAAAAGAGAUCACAUUGUGAAAGAUCAUCCUCAAUCAGAGCUACAAACACAUCACUAAAACCAAAAGCAGAGGCAUUGCGAAUGGCAGUCAAGCAAAUGAGGAUGCUAAAUUUUAAGAAAGUUGCUUUCAUCAGUGAUUGCAAACCAAUCAUAUAUGUGUUGCAACAAUAUACCGGUCAAACAACCAUCCCAAAGGUCCGUACCACAGAGUCUCCAUGUUACAAGAUAUAAUGGAAAGCUCCAAAUCUUAUGAUUUUUCCUUUUGUUAUGUCCCUAGAAAUAGGCUGACUUUGGUUGAUGAAUUAGCUAAGAAUUCUAGAUGUAACAAUCAAAGCUAUUACGCAGGUUCUAAAUUUAUAUUAAAACAUGUUGAAAAAAUAUAAAAAAAUAUAGCAAAAAAACUUAUUAAAUUAAAUACAAUCUAAUUAUUUGUUUCACAAUUAUAUGUGCAUUGUUCGCCUCAACACCAAGAACACACUUCUACUUUAAAAACACCGUUGACAUUAUAGAUAAACUUGACAAGAGGAACAAAAUAAACUCUCAAUAUGCAGUCAACCAACUUAGUAUCCUAUGUAAAAUACAACCCUCAACAACAUAUAACAAUUACAACAGAUACAAUUUGUAUUAAGUGAGAGUGAUUUUUUUUGUCAUCGACUUAUACAGAUUCAUACAAUAUCAUAAAUUCUAAAUUUUUAUAAACCAAUAAUCCGCGCAUAGCGCGGACCACGAUCUAGUUCAAAUAAUGAUAUGUAUACUGUUAGUUUUUGAGUUGUUUGGUUUAAUAUUUAAUGUGACAUCAGUGAUGGGAUAUUUUUAAAUUGUUAUUUAGUAUAAGUUCAAUACUAUACCUAUAUGUUUUGUAUUUUACGUUUCAUGCAAAUUUAUCCUUUUCUAUUAUUUUUAGCUGUUUCAUGAAAAUUAAGGAAUUUAGUUUUUAUGCAUUAUAUAUUAAUGUUUGAUAACAUAGAAUUGAGUAUACACUAAUAUAUAUAUAUAUAUAUAUUAAUUGAUGAGCAUUACAAUUUUUGAGUGUAGCCACGUGUUAUCAUAACGAUGAUUAUCAGAAUCCUUAAAAAAAUAAGUUGGUCCAUCAAAAUUUAUAUUAUACUUUUAUUAAGUUAACUAUCAAACUGAUUAGAAAUGCAUAAAAUAAUAUUCUCCAUUCUUUUUAAAAAAAAUAAAAAAUUACGAUAUAACCUAAUAUGAUUAACAUAUAUACGAUAAUUAAUGAUUUUCAAUAAUAAAGAUUUGAUAAUAGCUUUUGUAUCCUCCAUCAUUUUUGCUUAAUUUAUUAUAAGAAAAUUAAACAAUCACAUUAACUAUAUAAUAAAAAAUCUAAUUUUUUUCUUAUAUGUUAUAUUUUGAAUUUUUAAAACGACUAUAAAAUAAUAAAAUUGUUCAAAAUCUUACAAUGAAAAUUUUGUGAACAAUGCUUUUAGUUUUUUU